AUGGCCGAAUCUGGAAAACCGAAGAAUCGCAAAGAGCGCCGCGCAGCAGCCAAAGAGUCCGGCAAAUCCAUCGAACCAGCAACUUCGACGCCCAAAAUCAAAAUGUCACAUCCAGACUACUCCAAACCAAAGGGGAAGACAUUGCUAGAUAUCUACGAAGAAAAGCGAGAAUUGCUCGACAAAGGCCAACCUUUUGAUCCCCAAUAUCAAGACGGCCUACCACGCGGAGAAAGCGGCAACAUCCUCGAAGCAGGCCUCGGAGAAGGCGAACCCAUAGGCCCCGUCGGCGAUGCCGUCUUCUGGGCAGCCUGUCUCACCAUGUUCCAUUUCACGCUGGAUGUGCUGGUAUAUAAUCAAUAUGCACAAGAAAUUGUCUGGUCGACGAUAUACAAGCGUACCGGGACGAUUCUGCCGAUUCUGUUCUUGGUGAUUUACAUGUCCCGGACAAGCCUCGCGAAGCGGUUAGGACUUUUGCGACAGGUACUCUUCCUCGGGGUGGCUGUGGGAUCUGGAUGCUAUUUGAUUCACGCGGGGAACAAUUACGAUUAUUUGGCGGUCAUGAAGCAGGCGCCGCCGCUGGGGACGGUUUGGGUUUAUAGUGUCAUUGAGAUGGAUUUGGCGUUUGCUGCGUCGAGCUUGGUUAUUGAUGCUGGGUUUCUGUUGUGGAACGGAUAUUCAGUGUUCUGA